AUGGCAUCCAAUACCGCAAGAGUCAGCACUCUGUACUCCACCAAUGACUUUGUCUUACUGUCAUUGCCAAUGAACGUGAAACCGGCAACUUCACCAGAUUUGGAAACGGACACUUGGCUACAUCAAAGAUUGAUUAACGGUAAGGGUCUCGUAUCCAAUUUCCAGUUACCAGAAUUUAAAGUCGGUUCUCUGGAUAGUCUCAUCGUGGAAUCUGAAGAAUUAUCCAAGAUCGAUACUCAAAUUGCAACGUCCAUCGCCAAGAUUAUUGAAAUAUUGAAUGGGUUAAGCGAAUCAUCUACAAGCGCUUACAAGACAUUACCCAUAAAUAACGUCCCAGUGCCACAAUAUUUGGAAAAUUUCCAAUGGCAAACAAGAAAAUUUAAACUGGAUAAAUCAAUCAAAGAAUUAAUUCAAUUGAUCUCCAAUGAAUCUUCUCAAUUAGACGCUGACGUGAGAGCCACAUUCACCAAUUAUAACACUGCAAAGACCAAUCUGGCUGCUGCUGAAAGAAAGAAAACUGGGGAUUUAUCUGUAAGGUCCCUACAUGACAUUGUUAAACCAGAAGAUUUCGUCUUGAAUUCAGAUCAUUUAACUACUGUAUUAAUUGCUGUCCCCAAAAAUUUAAAACAUGAUUUUGAAAAAAGUUAUGAAUCACUAUCCGCUAACGUGGUGCCUGGUAGUGCUGGUAUCAUUUCUCAGGAUUCGGAAUACAUCCUCUACAACGUUCAUCUGUUCAAGAAAAACGUUAACGAUUUCAUUAGUACAGCAAGAGAGAAAAAAUUUAUUCCUCGUGAAUUCAAUUAUUCUGAAGAAUUAAUUGAUCAAUUAAAGAAAGAACAUGACUCUGCAGCAUCAUUGGAACAAUCUUUGCGUGUUCAAUUAGUAAGAUUGGCAAAGACCGCUUACGUCGAUGUCUUUAUUAAUUGGUUCCAUAUAAAGGCUCUACGUAUUUACGUGGAAUCUGUCUUACGUUAUGGGUUACCACCACAUUUCAAUACAAAAAUCAUUGCUGUGCCACCAAAAUUGAUAACUAAAUGUAAAUCUGAAUUGAUUGAUGCAUUUGGUUUCUUGGGUGGUAAUGCCUUCACUAAAGAUAAAAAGGGGAAGAUUGAUAGUAAAGACACUUCAUUGAAUCAAUACGCCAAUUUGAUCGAUGCAGAUUACGAACCUUUUGUCAUUUACACCAUCUCUCUCUAA